AUGUUAUAUAGUUUUAUCAUUAAAAAUAAUCACGGUUUUGAAAAAUAUCAUUCAUUCAUUUCGAGACGACUUAUUUUCCCUUUCAUAUUAUCCUUUUUUCAAUAUUUUUUGUCAAUCAUUAAAGAAUUUGGAAAUUAUUCUUGCAAGGGAACAAAUCGAGAAAAUAAUCAUCUUCAAUUAAAACAAUUAUCAUACAAGGCUAUAUUAUUGACUUUUGAAGCAAUACCUUAUCGAUUCGAAGUUAUUAUUUACUCUACAUCCAACAAUAAAAUGUCAGGUACUUACUGGACAUCCACUCAAAGACAUAGCUGGCAAUACACCAAGAGUUCAUUAGCCAAAGAAAGACAAAAACUAUGGAUCUUAGAAUGCCAAUUAUUUCCUCAGGGUUUAAAUAUUACUAUGGAUACUAGACAAAAUCAAUCAAAUGAUCAACAGCAACAAAAUACCAACGGUAACGGUAAUGGAAAAACCAAUCACAAUAAUACUAGUACCGUGAUAACAUCUACUACCAAAAAUAUACCGAUAACCCACAGAGAUUUACAUUAUGAUAAGGAUUAUAAUCUUCGAAUAUACUGUUAUUUUUUAAUAAUGAAACUAGGAAGAAGAUUGAAUAUCAGACAAUGUGCAUUGGCUACAGCUCACGUUUAUCUUUCAAGAUUCCUAUUAAAAGUUUCAGUAAGAGAAGUAAAUUUAUACCUACUGGCUACUACGACGGUAUAUCUAGCAUGUAAAGUAGAAGAAUGCCCUCAAUAUAUUAGAACUUUAGUCAGUGAAGCUAGAUCAUUAUGGCCUGAAUUUGUUCCUCCUGAUCCAACAAAAGUAACAGAGUUUGAAUUUUAUUUAUUGGAAGAAUUGGAAAGCUAUUUAGUUGUUCAUCAUCCAUAUCGUUCAUUGGAACAAAUUGUUAAUGUAUUGAAACAAGAACCGUAUCAAUUAAAUAUUAACGCGGAGGAGUUACAAAAUUGUUGGUCAUUGAUUAACGAUAGUUAUAUCACAGAUGCAAAUUUGAUAUAUCCACCUCAUAUCAUUGCUAUAGCGUCAUUAUUUAUAACUAUAUCGAUGAAGAAAAAUGAACAUAGUCGUAGCAGUAGUAGAAAUAACAUAACGACGAAUGACGAGAAUCAGAAUGAUAAAGUAUCUUCAUCUUCUCAUUCACAUCGACAGGAAAUUUUGAAUCUGUUUAUAGCGGAAUCAUUAAUUGAUCUAGAAGAAGUAAUGGAUACAAUUCAAACACAAAUCACAUUAUAUGACCACUGGGAUAAAUAUCAUGAACCAUGGGUAAAAUUCCUAUUGCAUACAUUAUAUCUAAGGCCCUCACCAGUUUCAGCUUCAUGA